AUGAACGCGCACCACCUCAACAACGGCAGCGCCCACUGCGGUGCUCAGAACGCCAGCGGCAGCAGCAACGGCCACAGCGGGGUUGGGGGCCACCCCACAAAGAAGAUUGUGGUGCUGGUGGCGGGGGCGGCGGGGUUUAUCGGCUCGCACAUGGCGCGGCGGCUCAAGCACGACCCGGCCGGGCGGUUCACCGUAGUCGGUGCCGACGUACGCACCAACGACUACAUGCAGCCCGACGAGUUCUGUGACGUCUUCCACCAGGUCGACUUGCGGAAGCGGGAGAACUGCCUCGAGGUGACGAAAGGGUGCCAUUGGGUGUUCAACUUCGCGGCUGACAUGGGCGGGAUGGGCUACAUCCAGAGCAACCAGGCCUACAUCCUCUACAACAACACCAUGAUCACCUUUAACAUGGCCGAGGCCUCACGCCUGAACGGGGUCCAGAGAUAUUUAUACACCUCUUCUGCGUGCGUGUACCCGGAGCACAAGCAGGAGACUGAAGACAACCCUGGGCUCAGGGAAGGGGACGCGUGGCCAGCGCGGCCGCAGGACGCGUACGGAAUGGAGAAGCUGUACGGUGAGGUGCUAUGCAAGCACUACAUGGAGGACUACCACAUGGAGAUGCGCGUUGCCCGCCUACACAACAUCUACGGACCCAAGGGCGCAUGGAAGGGCGGAAGGGAGAAGGCACCGGCGGCGUUCUGCCGGAAGGUGAUCUGCUCGCGGGACAACUUUGAAAUGUGGGGCGAUGGCCUGCAGACGCGAAGCUUCUGCUUCAUCGACGACUGCGUGUCGGACGUGCGUGAGCCACUGAACAUCGGAUCGGACGAGAUGGUGUCGAUGCAGGAGAUGGCUCGCAUGAUCUGCGCCUUCGACAACAAGCCUCUCGGCUUCACCUACACGCCCGGCCCCAUGGGCGUCCGAGGGCGGAACAGCAACAACGACCUGAUCAGGGAGCGGCUCGGGUGGGCGCCGUCGACGCGGCUGGUCGAUGGCCUGCGGGCGACCUACGACUGGGUAAAGGUCCAGGUGGCCCGCGACCAGGCCAACGGGCUCGACGUCCACGGUCCCGACUACUCCUCGAGCCGCGUCGUCGUGCGCGCCGACCGGACGGCUGCCGCCGUACCCGCCGUCGACGACAACAACGUCAACGUCAACGUCGAGACGUCAGCGGAGCUCAAGAAGAAGGACGUGGAGAUGUAG